UCCUCUCAUUACCUACGCAUCAUAAACCCAACAAUUAAAUUGCAUAAUGACCCAUUUAAAUUGGUACGGACCCAGCGACGUCCACACCCACUUUAAUCCAACCAACCCGUCAAGGUUACCCGACACAUGACAAACGUCAAGUUGACAUUUGCGGUUAGUCAUAUCGCUGAAAAAAACACCAACAAACAGGGAAGAAAUUGGAAAGUCCCCGCACCAUAAAACGCGAUGAUGUUAUAAUAAACUUUGAGAUGGGUUCAAGAGUCAACAUGAGACCCACGAGCAAGAACACGCUGCUGAAGGUGGUGAUUCUGGGCGACGGGGGCGUAGGGAAGAGCUGUCUCAUGAACAGGUUCGUGUCCAACCAGUUCGACGAACACUCGUUCCACACCAUCGGAGUGGAGUUCUUGAACAAAGACAUCGAGAUCGACCGGGAGACGUACACGUUGCAGAUUUGGGACACCGCGGGGCAGGAGAGGUUCAAGACGUUGAGGACCCCCUUUUAUCGAGGCAGCGACAUCUGCAUGCUGACGUACGCCAUCGAUGAUAAACACAGCUUCCGGAAUUUGCAGAUGUGGAAAAACGAGUUUCUGUAUUACGCCGACGUGAAGGAAAACGUGCAGUUUCCAUUCAUUGUCAUAGGGAAUAAGUCGGACGUGGAGGCCAACGAGCGGGAAGUGUCCCAGGUGGAGAUGGAGACCUGGUGCAACGAGAACGCGAUCUCCGCGUGCAUCGAAACCUCGGCGAAGAACGCCAGUAACGUCCAAGAGGCCUUCGCCACGGCGGUGCAGCACUGGCUGAGGUUGGAAAACCGGGCCGACAAGAACGAGUGUCUCUACACGGAUACGGUAGAUUUGACGAAAAAGCAAUCAGAAAAUAGAACUUCCUGCUGUAUUAAUGCUUCAGAUGAAUAGGUUAGGGUAGUUGGUAACUUUUUUUCUUGUGGCUUCGCGAGUUUUAUUUUCUUGACGUUGGUAGAGAACUGACACUUGAUCAUUCCUGUUUGUUUGGAGUGACACUCAAAAUUGUAUUCACUGCGAUUCCAAAGAAACUCGUACUACUUUAGGUUGAGUAGAAGUGUACAUUCUACUAAUAUUGUGAUAACUGUUACUAUUUUUCAUUUCCAGUGUACUGUUAAGGAGUUCAUGAGCAUUUAUUUUAGGGUUAGGACUUCAGAUUUUUUUUCUUGUACAUAUUAAGUAUCUCAGGAUAAGCACCAAGUUCGCGGCCUUUGCUACUGACGUUCUUUCUGUAGUGAGUUUUGAAUAUCGUUCCUACUUACUUUUGCUUCAACCACCCUGUAUAUAAUGACUUAACGCGUUAGCUUUUGUACUGCUGUGUACUAUACAUACAACUUUUUGUGACCAUUUUUCAAGAAACAUUUUUAUAUUAUGCAUAUCAUGAAAAGGUGUUGAACAAUAAUGUUAUUCAGUAUUUUGUAGGUGCUAUGGUACAUUUGUGUUCUCUAAAUUCGGCCAUGUUGGUUAACGACUUAUUUAUUUGUAUAAUGUAUUGCACUAAAUAUAUUUGUUGUAAGUA